AUGGAUAAUGAUAUAGAACAGUUGAAAAGAGACUUUGCAAUAUAUGAAGAUUUGUCAGAAAUAAAAUUCGAACAAAUUAAAAAAGAAAAUUAUAAAAAUCAAGACCAGGAAAAUGCAUUUGGAGAGAAGCUGUGUACUAUUUACACAGCGAAUUUCAGUAUUUUUAAUGUAUUUUACAAUAUAAAAAUAUUAGUUUUUAUAUAUGACAAUUCAUAUGAGGUUUUAAAACUAGAUUUACAUGUUCAAGACUUAUGUUUGGAGAAAGAAAUUACCGUUUGUCGAAACUUUUUACAAAGACAUAGAAACCUAAAUUCCACAUUUUUAACCCUUAAAAAAGUUUCGAGAUUUUUUGAAGCACGUAGAUUGAUAACGGAAAUUGUUUUGAAAAAGGAACCUAGAGUCAGUUUGCAAAGGAGCGAUGAAGAUGGGACCUUAGGAAUUAAAUACGCAAAUGAUUCUCCUAAUAUUUUUAUUGCCAUUGGAUGGAAAAUAGAAUGGGACCUUAAAAAUUGUGACAUUGUAGAUGUUGUGGAGGUCGUCUAUAAUAAUUUUGACGUUCCAAAUUCGACUUACAUAAAAGAGGAACUGGAAUCUUUGACACAUCCAUCGUUGGAUUUCGCUAUGAAACUCAAAAUAUGGAAGCAACUAUUUUCGGAUCUAUCAGAAUACGAUAGCCAAAUUCAAGCCACAGUUAUAAUAAGUGACAAUGAACAAGAAGACAAUGUUUUAGUUAUAUCCGAUAGUGAGGAUGAUAGAAACCAAAGAGAUGAAACAAUUCAUAGAAGGAAAAAAAGGAAAGUGCACAAUAACGUAACAUGUCCUCAAGUUAUAAAUGUUGCUGAUUAA